AUGUCAACAACUACCGCGUCGGGUUCGCACACCCCUCUCAAGCGCACAGUUUUGCCGACCGCGCCCAAGGCUAGAAGUGGCCCAAAGAAAGGCAGAUUGGAGCGCUCUUCACCGUCUGAGUCUGAAGACGGUCAAUCGGCGCCCAAGAAGCGCAAGGUUGGCAUGUAUUCCAAGGAGCGCACCACCGAAUACCUCGAUCUGAUGAAGGACGACACGGAAUGGACAGACAAAGACGACGCGCAGCUUGAGCGCCUGACCGAUGCCCUCAAGAAGAAGAAGAAGAUUGUGGUGAUUGCCGGUGCUGGCAUUUCCGUGUCGGCAGGAAUUCCCGACUUCCGCUCAUCCACCGGACUAUUUGCUCCCGCAGGAUGUCAGCAACAAAAGAUGAAAGCGUCCGGGAAGCACCUCUUCGAUGCUUCAGUCUACAAGAGCAAUGACUCCACCUCCGAUUUCCACACAAUGGACCUUGAGGCUGAGCUCUUUAAUGGGCCUGAAGCACCACUAUGCGCGACAUGCGUGGACAUCGACGAUCUUCGGACAAGGUUUGCAGGCAAGCGCAGCCAUGGCAUUGGCCGCAUGCGCCCACGCUUCGUUCUUUACAACGAGCACAACCCUGAUGCAGACGCCAUCGGUGCCGUGACUGAAGCGGACCUCAAGGCUCGUCCUGAUGCUGUCAUUGUGGUGGGUACGAGCCUCAAAGUGCCUGGCACCCGUAGGAUCGUCAAAGAGAUGUGUCUUACCGCACGUGGACGCCGGGAUGGUUUCACUGCCUUUAUCAACCUCGACUCGGAACCCAAGCAUGUGGACUUCAAAGACUGUUGGGACAUGGUCGUGCGCGCUAAGUGCGACAAGGUAGCCCUGCACGCCAACCUGCCACUCUGGGACGAGUCGGCCGUGGCCACCGACAGUGUACUGUCACCAGAACAGGCUCUGCAGGCCGAAGCGCUGUGUAGCUCGACAGAUCUAUCCGUGGCCAUCCCAAGCAGCUGUCCCUCGUCUCAAGAGAAGCUUAACAGCCCGAUACCUGUUGCUACGAUAUCGACCAAGCAAACUUCAUCAGUGCUUACUCCAAAGCCCAGUCGCAAGCUGGCCACCGCGAAGCCAAAGACGAAGCCGAAGGCCAAGAAAGUCGACAAGCCUGCCGCAGCCAAGCAAACCAAACUGCCUUUCACCAAGGACGAAGGCAACAUUGAAGAAUCCUCGCCGGCUUUGCAGUCAGCCGCUGCGCGUAACCGCAAGCCGCUCGCAAAGGCGCGACCUGGAACGAUUGCCGGCACCUUCAAAGCUAUCAAGACGAAUACAAAUGAUAAGAGUAAAGCAAAGGCUGCCAUCAAGAUUGAGCCCACCACAAAACCGUUCACCGCGCAUAUUGAGAAUGAGCUGGAGAGCGACAGCACAGCAGAGUCCAAGUUCGAUGCCGCCCCGACUACACCAACCGGGCCAUUGCAGCCCGCAUCCCGCGAGGUUGUUUCUCCUUCUUCGAUACCAAAAGGCAUGGGGCGCUUAUUGAAUUGGCCAUGA